AUGGUUGGUGGUCACCAAAUCGAGGAAGGGCCGAUGAUAAAAGUACGUGACAACUACCUGUCGGACGCAGCACGUGAGAGGCUUGGAGACGCGUUGUCCGAUUCACUUCUUAACCUUACCACCGAUCUACGCUCCCCAUUUGCUGCUUUCCUAUUAUCUUUACAACUCGUAUGCAAUAUAGCCAGGAUUUUUGACUUCCGACUGCCUUAUCUGGUACGUGGAAAUGUUCGACUUUAUGUUCAUUGUGUACUUGAGCGCUCCUUAAUGAAAUUUUGUUUCACGUUGACGCUAUCGCUGAUGUGCUUUGAGAGGAGCGUGAGUCGUGAACUCCUUCGUAAUGCCUGGUUCAAAUUCUGUCAGUCAGUGCUGUCACUAGGUCUUCAUUUGGGAAUGCCACCGGAAAAUCUUCACUUCAACUAUCCUCAUUCGAAUAUCAUUGAACAAGCACGAUUCGUUCUUGAAGGAGUUGUUGCUCCUAAGAUUAACGAAAACUUGGCUCGAGUAAAUGUCCACGAUAGAGAAUUGAUUUCUGAAUGGGAUAUUUGCGAAGAUCUCGACAUGUGA